CUCACUCCCAUCAAGCAUACGGUUCGCAUGGAUUCGCUGGUGAAAAGUAUUUCUCGUACCCCGAAAGGAAACUGAGAUUCCUCCUUGGCGCUCUGUAGAGGAAUGAACAAUGUUUUGCGCAAGAAGACAGCUUGUCGCAAAAUCGACCAUCACUUAACGUCGACACGGUUUCAGUUCAGGCCUUUCUCCUCCCGCAAACUGACGCACCAUCAUCCGUUACGAAGCAAGAGACUGGACAAAGCCCUCAGAAUCGUAAGCCUGGUAGCUCCCAAAACCAGUGGGAACUUCAGUCGCCAGAACCAUCUUCGACUCAUCGAGGACUUCUUGGACACGAAUUCAAAUGCCCGGAAACUCGCUAAUGGUUUCAAUUCUUUGGGUUCAUCUAGUGCUGCUGUGCGUAGUGUGUUCGAAGAAAUGCUUGAAUCCGCUGUAUCUAACAAGAAAGGUUCCGUUUUCGGUGAGUGUUCGUCCAAAGAGGAAAGGGUCGGAGAUAGUGCGGUCGGUUUGUCACAUGCUUUGAGUUCAUGUGGGUCCGCGCGUGAUCUUGAAGGUGGCGUUCAAUUCCAUUGUUUGGCGAUGAGAACUGGGUUUCUUGCGAAUGUUUAUGUGGGGAGUUCUCUGAUAACUUUGUAUGGUAGGUGCGGCGAGCUGGGGAAUGCUCAUAGGGUGUUUGAAGAAAUGUCCGUGAAGAAUGUAGUGUCUUGGACAGCCAUUAUAGCUGGCUUUGCACAAGAGUGGCAGGUUGAUGAGUGCUUGGAGCUGUAUCAUUCGAUGAGGUAUUCAGCUUCAAAACCCAAUGAUUUCACGUUUACGAGUCUUUUGAGUGCUUGCACAGGUAGUGGAGCUCUUGGACAGGGCAAGAGUGCCCAUUGCCAGGCCAUCCAAAUGGGUUUUGCUUUGUACAUUCACGUUGCCAAUUCUCUUAUUUCCAUGUACUGCAAGUGUGGAUGCAUGGACGAUGCACUACUUGUAUUUCACGAGCUGCCCAAGAGAGAUCUUGUAUCUUGGAACUCGAUGAUUGCUGGCUAUGCUCAAUAUGGGCUUGCGCAUGAGGCAAUUGAUCUUUUCCAGGAGAUGAUGCUGCAAAAAGUCAAGCCAGAUGCUAUUACUUUCCUUGGGGUUCUGUCUUCAUGCCGUCAUGCUGGUCUUGUCAAACAGGGGCAGCUUUACUUUGACUCAAUGGUUGAUCACGGGUUGAUUCCAGACCUAGACCACUAUGCAUGUGUUGUGGAUCUCCUUGGCCGCAGUGGUAAGCUGGAAGAGGCUCGUAAUUUUAUAAAAAGAAUGCCUGUUCAGCCCAAUGCGGUCAUAUGGGGCUCCUUACUUUCUUCCUGCCGUCUUCAUGGGAGUAUUUGGUUUGGUAUUCAGGCUGCAGAGAGUAGGUUGGUGCAGGAACCAGGAUGUGCAGCUACAUAUGUUCAAUUGUCAAAUCUUUAUGCGAGUAUUGGUCUCUGGGAUCAAGCAGCGCGAGUGCGGAAAUUGAUGAAGGAUAAAUGCCUUAAGACUUGUCCUGGAUAUAGUUGGAUUGAGAUCAGUAAUGCAGUUCACAGAUUUAGAGCAGAGGACUGGUGCAAUGGCCGAGUUACUCAGAUUCUUGGCGUCCUUGAUUGUUUGAUGGAUCAUAUGAGAAAUCAUGGUUAUGUGCCUGAGGUGCAUGAGGAGGAGGAAUUAUCAUGUGCAGCGCUAUAGUAUAGCAUGAGGGUUAUGCAUUAUUUUCUAGUACGAGGAACACUCACUUUGGAGAUCACAUACAGGAAAAGUGCUGUGUUCUCAAGGAGAAAUCUCUUCCUAAGGGGAACUUAUGGAGCCUCCCUGGACGGAUGAUAGAUUGGGUGAACUGUUUGCGUCCUUUUCGAGUCUGGAAUGGUUCAACUCUAUCAAGGAAAAGAUCAGAAGAGGUGUCUGUUUCGUGCCGCACACAAGUGAAUGCAUUCUGGAAGCUAAUCUAAAUGACUUUUUGCCCUUUUCCAGAGAGAAAGCAACAAUCAGCUCGGUCUAAUAACUCAGUUACGCUGCAAAUGGUCUCAAGUUGAGGGCUACGGCACAUGAACUAGCGUAUGCAGAGUGACCAGGGAUUUACGAGUUGCCCAAAUAACUGCAAAUGAUCUGAAGAUAAAAAGUUGUUCACUCAUCUACAAUGCAGCGUGAAGUUGUUACCUUAAUGUGCUGCAAAUGGUCUGAAGUUGAGGACUAUUCAUUGGAAAUUUCUUAGUGUUUGUGUGGUACGCCACUUUGAAUUCGAUUUAUGAUGAAAUGAAGCCAGGUAUGAUGCAGUGCGACUGGGGAUGGAUCCCUCGAGGGCCAUAGGGCCUGGAGGAGUGUUGACAAUCAAGGUAUACUUUUGUAGACAACUUCUUUCAUUUUCGUGAUCAAGCCGUUCCAUCGAGGCUUACCACACAUGCAGCAGGAACACCUUGAUCAUGCCAUACCCACUUAAAGCAGGGAAUUCGGAGAAUUAAAUUAUGGAGUACCCAAAACAUUCUCUAUUUUGCGCCUCAAUUUGACUUUGCAUCCUGUAUUUCUAAAAUCAUAAGUUUGCAUCAUAACUAGUCAACAUAGAUUUUCUUUUUUGGUUGAAAAUUGAUAGAUGUUGAAUUGCACCUUCUGUUAAUGUGUAA